CUAAUGGUGGUGUGGUGGUGGUAUUUCAUUGGUCUCUCUCUUUCUCCUCCCUCAGCAGCCACUGGAAACUCCAUAGAAAAUCAAGUUUGACUUGCUACUCUACUGGUCAUCUCUAUCUCAUCAUCUCAAACAAAAAUAUCAACUGUGUAUGCAGUCUCAAUCAAUUUUCAUCAAUUGAGAUCACAAAAACCCUCUCAAAUCCUUCCUCUCUCUAAACCAAACCCAGACCAAGAAUUUCACCGGCGCACACACACAGAAAAGAUGAAUCUGGCUUUCUUGUUUCUCUCUCUACUUUCUCUCUCAUCACCAUCAUUUGCAGCAGCAGCUACUACUCCUCCACCACCCUCCUCCACCAACUCAUCUUCAUCUUCUUCUUCUUCUUCUUCUUCUUCUUCAUCUUCUUCAUGUCCAAUGAAUCUAAGCUAUGUUUCGAGAGUCCCAUGGCCAGUCUCUGAUUGCAGAAACUACAACCCAGAAAUGCCAAUCAACAACUCCAACAACAGAACCCAGUGUUGCCAAACCCUCCUCAGCCUUUACGGAAUCUCCCUCUCUCAACACCUCAAAGAAACCUCUCUGUUUCACCUCCCAGACCUCCCCACUUCUCUCUCUUGCCUCUCCGACUUCCAAUCCAAGCUCAAUUCCUUCUCUCUCUCCUCCAAUCUCACCUCUCUCUGCUUCGAUCCCCUCCAAUUCGUCAUCACCCCCAACUUCUGUGCCUCUAUCGAAACAACCCAUGACUGGGUUUCCAAGCUCGGCUCCUCCACUUCCCUCGACACCGCUUGUCAUCCCGAUCUCACCGAUCUCACCUCCUGCGACGCCUGUGUUGCCGCUGGUUUUCGAGUUCAAAACCAACUCACUGCAAUCGACGGUAACAAAAAUCACUCCACUAAUUGUUUCUAUUUGACCAUUUUGUAUGCUGCUGGAAUUGUCAAUCAAUUCGGACCCGAAAGUAUUGGUGCUAUGUCUUGUAUUUUGGGCCUUUCGAUUGGCUCUCAAUCUGGGUCGAGCAAGACUCAUUUGGCUAUGGUGUUUGGACUCACCGGAGCCUGUGUUGCUGCCUUCGUGAUGUCGGUUUUGUUGGGUUUUUAUUAUUGCUGGCAUAAGAAACGGGGAAAUAAGAGUGAUGCGAUUGGUUUUGGGUUGGAUACGGAGGAGUUGGAAUCGAGGCCGCGAAUGAGGCCUAAUACGGGGUCAAUCUGGUUCAAGAUUGAUGAGCUUUCCAAGGCAACUGAGAAUUUUUCGCAGAAGAAUUUCAUUGGGAGAGGGGGGUUUGGUGUUGUGUAUAAAGGGACUUUGUCAGAUGGGACUGUGGUUGCUGUUAAACAAGUGAUCGAAUCCGAUUUUCAGGGGAAUGAAGAGUUUUGUAAUGAAGUUGAGAUCAUUAGCAAUUUGAAGCAUAGAAAUUUGGUUCCACUUAGAGGUUGUUGUGUGACUGGUGAAGAAAAUGGAGAGUAUGAAGAUGGGGAAAGCCAGAGGUACCUUGUUUAUGAUUACAUGCCAAAUGGGAAUCUUGAUGAUCAUCUGUUUUGGUCUGAGAAACAGAGUAUGGUUAGGAAGCAGCCAUUGACCUGGCCUCAAAGAAAGAGCAUAAUUUUAGAUGUGGCGAAAGGGUUAGCUUAUCUUCACUAUGGAGUCAAGCCUUCUAUAUAUCAUAGAGACAUUAAAGCCACAAAUAUACUUUUGGAUGCUGAUAUGAGAGCUAGAGUGGCUGAUUUUGGGUUAGCAAAGCAAAGCAGAGAAGGGCAGUCUCAUCUCACUACUAGAGUGGCCGGUACACACGGUUACUUAGCCCCAGAGUAUGCGCUCUAUGGGCAAUUGACAGAGAAGAGCGAUGUUUAUAGUUUUGGGGUGGUUGUUUUGGAGAUAAUGUGUGGAAGGAAAGCUCUUGAUUUGUCUUCCAAUGGAUCGCCACGGGCAUUUCUGAUCACAGAUUGGACUUGGUCAUUGGUGAAGGCAGGGAAAAUAGAGAAGGUUUUAGAUAGUUCUUUGUUGGGAGAUGGAAAUUCAGCAAGUUCGAAUCCAAAGGCUAUCAUGGAAAGAUUUGUGCUUGUUGGGAUUUUGUGUGCUCAUGUGAUGGUGGCUCUGAGGCCGACCAUUUUGGAUGCAUUGAAAAUGUUGGAAGGAGAUAUUGAGGUUCCUGCAAUCCCUGAUAGGCCGAUGCCUCUUGGGCAUCCUUCUUUUUGCAGGGAUGGGAAUACCUUCAGUAUAUCGCCAGCGUUGAGUGGACCUAAAUUGAAUUCUGGAGACAUGCUAAGGUGAUUGAGAGAACUUGUAAUGUUUGUAUAUCUCUUCAUUGAUCAAGAGGAAGGAUGGAGAUGGAAACCAUGAUCUUGGAACUCCUUUUUGGAGUUGGUUCAUGGAAUGAAAGAGAGAAGAUGAGGAAUUCAAAGAAAAGGCCAAAUUACUCUAAAUACAUUGAUCAAUUGGAGGAAUUGAAAAUGAGUGUAAGCCUAGAUUUCCUGCACCGCGGAUCUUUCUGGUACGUGGAAUGGAAAUGAUAAAAUGGAGUCAACAAUUCUCUAUGGAAAGAAGUGACAUUAUCCCAGUAACAAAUGAGACAUACGACACCAAUUGGUUGUUGGUCGAGUGGCGAUUGGAGCUCGACUUGGUAGGGAGGACUACGGUUCGAUCCCCCGCAACGCCAAUUGGGAGGGGGCUUGAGUCUAACCAUCCAGAACUGCUCUCCUGAAUCCGGAUUAGUCGGCCCAAAGUGGGUCGGAUACCGGGUGGAUAACCAAAAAAAAAAAAAAAAAUGAGACAUACGACACCUUUGUGCGGAGCCCACCACAAUAUAUGUAGAAUUUACACAAAUACAUGAUCUCAAAUGUUGUUGGGUAAUGUCACUAAUUAUAUUGAAUAAUUUUUCUUUGGGUGAAUUAUACUGAUAAAUUCUGAGAUUUA